AGGGUGGAAGAGUUGACCUCAUAACAGACAGAUCUCAACCCCACAAUGCUUUGGGCACCCGGGAUGAGGCUGCCCCGAAGGCCGAGCAGGGGAAACGACACAGCAUAAAGCUGCGUGAGAGACUCUUUCAGUUCCCUCUGUGUGAGAAAGCUCUGGCCUUAAACAUACCGACACACACCAAGCCCAAGAUCCUGCCCUGGCUCAGUACAACUGCUGCCAUGUGCUUUAAGUGAAACCAGCCUGGGUGCUGCCUGUGAUGUGCUGCUCACUUGGGACAUGCAGGCUGUUUAGCAGUAGGCAGGUGGCUGGCUACAAAGCACAAACCUUGUGAAGUGGCAAGCCACUGAGCUCCCUGCUGAGCCUGUCUGCUGCAGAGACCUGGAGGCAAGA